GCUCACUAGCAGACGCACAGGUGCACAAGAGGAGAGUAAAUUUGAAGUGAAGUGACCGAACACUUCCUCGCCUAGACUUUUUAUUUAUUUAUUUAAAAAAAAUCCGUGCCGUUAAUUUUAAUGUUAUUUGAACAACACAAACACAUGAGUGAACUCAGCGUCGCGUCGCGUGACUGAACGCGGUUGCUAUGGCGCUCUCAGAGCUCUACACAAAGUAUAACCGAGUAUGGGUGCCAGAUGCAGAGCAGGUGUGGAAGUCAGCUGAGCUCCUGAGAGACUACACACCUGGAGAUCCAGCUCUACAGCUGCAGCUAGAGGAUGGAGCUGAGAUCCUGUAUGCAGUGGAUGUGGAUGGUCAGUUACCUCCCCUCCGUAACCCAGACAUCCUGGUGGGGGAGAAUGACCUAACCGCACUGAGCUAUCUCCAUGAACCGGCUGUGCUACAUAACCUGCGUGUCAGAUUUGUGGAGUCGAAAAUAAUCUACACAUACUGUGGCAUUAUCCUAGUGGCGGUAAACCCAUAUAAACAGCUCCCCAUUUAUGGAGAUGCAGUCAUCCGUGCUUAUUCUGGCCAGAACAUGGGAGAUCUGGACCCUCAUAUAUUUGCUGUGGCAGAAGAAGCUUAUAAACAGAUGGCAAGGAACAACAAGAAUCAGUCCAUCAUAGUCAGUGGGGAGUCUGGAGCAGGGAAGACUGUGUCUGCUCGCUACGCUAUGAGAUACUUUGCAAUGGUCAGCAAAUCGAGCAGCAACGCCCGGGUGGAGGACAAGGUUUUGGCAUCGAACCCCAUCACUGAAGCAAUCGGUAAUGCGAAGACCACCAGGAAUGACAACAGCAGCCGAUUUGGGAAAUACACUGAAAUCAGUUUUGAUCGGAGAUAUCAGAUAAUUGGUGCUAACAUGAGGACGUACCUUCUAGAAAAGUCUAGGGUUGUUUUUCAGUCAGAGAAUGAAAGAAACUAUCACAUCUUCUAUCAGAUGUGUGCUUGUGCAGACCAACCACAAUUUAAGAGCUUGAGACUGCUGGGCGCAGACAAGUUUAACUAUACCUGCAUGGGAGGGGAGACAGAGAUCCAAGGAAUGGAUGAUCGUGCUGAUAUGGCUGAAACUUGCCGGACAUUCACUCUACUGGGACUAAAGAAUGACUUUCAGUGUGACGUGUUCAAGAUGCUGGCAGGGAUUUUGCACUUGGGCAAUGUGGUGAUCCAAGCAGUUGGGUCAGACCAAUCAUCCAUCAGUUCUACUGACUCUCACCUGGCUGUGUUCUGUGAUCUGCUUGAAGUCAGAGGAGAAGAUAUGUGUCGCUGGUUAUGUCAUCGGCGUAUUGUCCUGACAUCUGAAACUGUAAUCAAACCACAGCCAAGGGAGCGUGCUGUAAAUGCCCGGGAUGCACUGGCCAAGCAUCUAUACGCUUAUCUCUUUGACUGUAUCAUCCACAGGAUUAACCAGGCACUGCGUGUGCCUGGGAAACAGCACUCUUUUAUAGGAGUGCUGGAUAUCUACGGAUUUGAAACCUUUGAUGUGAAUAGCUUCGAGCAGUUUUGCAUCAACUAUGCCAAUGAGAAACUCCAACAACAGUUCAACUUGCACGUGUUUAAACUUGAGCAAGAGGAGUACAUGAAGGAGGACAUCCCCUGGACGCUGAUCGAUUUCUAUGACAACCAACCAGUCAUUGAUCUGAUUGAAGCCAAAAUGGGCAUUCUGGACUUGCUGGAUGAGGAGUGUCUGUUUCCUCAGGGUACUGAUAACAACUGGCUGCAAAAGCUCUAUAAUUAUCUAAGCUCAAAGCCUAUGUUUGAGAAUCCUCGUCUAUCCAAUGAAGCGUUUGUGAUCCAUCACUUUGCAGACCGGGUAGAAUAUCAGUGUAAAGGGUUCUUGGAGAAGAAUAGAGAUACCCUCUAUGAAGAGCUGGUGGACAUCAUGAGAGCCAGCAAGUUUCCUCUCUUGGCAGAUUUCUUUAAUGAAGAGGAUCAAAAUUCUGUGCAUCUAAUGAAGGGUGUCAAAAUAAAAGCAGCACGACCUGGAAUCAAACCAGCCAAUAAGCAACUCAGAACCACUGUAGGAGAUAAGUUUCGGAGUUCACUGUAUCUGUUAAUGGAAACUCUUAAUGCUACUAUACCACAUUAUGUUCGCUGCAUUAAGCCGAAUGAGGAGAAGCUGCCAUUUGAAUAUGACUCAAAGCGUGUGGUUCAGCAGCUACGGGCCUGUGGAGUACUGGAGACUGUUCGAAUUAGUGCUCAGAGCUACCCAUCUAGAUGGACCUACAUUGAGUUCUACAGCCGUUACAGUAUUCUGAUGAGUCAGGCAGAGCUCAGAUUAGGGGAGAAGAAGCAAACAUGUCGAACAGUGUUGCAGAGGCUAAUCCCUGACUCUAAUCAGUACAAGUUCGGACGGACCAAAAUCUUCUUCCGGGCAGGACAGGUGGCGUAUCUGGAGAAGCUGCGUUUGGAUUAUCUGCGCACUGCAUGUGUGACCAUCCAGAAGCAUGUGAGGGGCUGGAUUCAGAGACGCAGGUAUCUGCGCAUGAAACAAGCUGCCAUCAUCAUCCAGCAGUACAUCCAUGGCAAGAGACAGAUCAGGCGCAUGGUUACAGCAGCAGCUCUGAAGCAGGCCUGGGCAGCUGUGGUCAUCCAGAAGCACUGUCGUGGCUAUCUUGUACGCCGAAUUUACCAGUAUUUACUGGUAGCUACAGUCACUAUUCAGGCGUAUACCAGGGGAUGGAUUGCCCGCAAGCGCUACAAAAAGAUGGUGGAGGAGCAUAAGGCUCUGAUUCUGCAGAAGUACGCUCGAGCCUGGCUGGUGCGUCGCCGUUUCCAGACCAUGCGCAGACUCGUCUUAAACGUGCAGCUCUCUUACAGAGUCCAGCAGCUGCGUAAGAAAUUGGAGGAACAGAAUAAAGAGAACCGCGGUCUGAUGGAGAGACUCACCAGUGUGGCCAACGCUCAUGCUCAGGGAUUAGACAGGGUGCAGUCCCUGGAGGUGGAGCUUAACAAAGCAGCCAAUGAAAGACUAUCUGUUGAAGAGAGGGAGAAGAAAAGGAAAGAGGAAACUGAUCAGGUGAUUGCUCAGCUUCAGGACGAAAGGGAUAAAGUCAAGCUGGAGAAUGAGGCUCUCCAGAUGAAAUUUGAAGAUUCCAUACAACAAAUGAGAGACAAUUUUGAAGAACUGAAGAAAAAGCUCAUAGAGGACCUAGAGAGAGAAGAGAGGCUACGAAAAGUUGCAGAACACAACAGUGAGCUACAGAAAGAGGACUUGGAGAAAGAGAUUGCAGCACUGAAGGAGGAGAAUCGCAGGCUGAGGGAGGACAAGAUCCAGCUGCAGGCUCAGGCUGAGGAAGACACGCAGAUCAACAAAGAGCUCCAGCAGCAGCUUGGUCAGCUCACCAAACAUGUCAAGGUGAUACCGGAGUUACAUAAAGAGAUUAACAGCCUCCAAAAUGAAAAAAUUGAAGCAGACAGAAAGAUGAGGGACCAAACUGAGCAGACCAGAGCAAAAAUGAAUACGAUUACUAGGCAGCUUCUGGGUGAGACAAAAGAAGACAUCAUUCUCAGGUUGACAAAAGAGGCCACAGAAGCUGAUGAUGAUGAGGAAGAGCUACUGUUUGCAUUUAAUGGGCUGCAGAACGCCACCAGGUUCUCCAGUUUCCUCCCAUCUUCCAAAACCUGCCAGCUGGUGGAGUCUCAAUUACGGGAGCAAAGGGAAGGUUAUGAAAGUAAGCUGGAGGCACUGGUUUUCAAAAAUGAUCACCUGAGUAGAGAGAACCAGCAGCUACAAACCCUCUUUCAGGAGAAGAGCGAUGUCAACCACAGCAUUGGACAGGAGGUGGCCCGGCUCACAACUGAAAACAUGGUGAUUCCUGAACUGAAGCAACAAAUAACGGCGUUACAGCGUCACAACCAUGAGCUGGAAACACAGCAAGAGGAACAACGCACCGAGAUGACUGAAAAUAACAUCAGGGUAACCAAUGAGCUUCAGCGUAAGCUUGAAGAGGAACGCUCACAAAACAGGCUUUUGGAGCAGAGGAACAGAGAAAUUGAGAGAGACCAGGAGGAGAUGAAGAAGAGGCUGGAGGAACUAGAGGAAAAUCUAGAGCAGCUUAAGAGACUCCAGCAAACAGACAAUGAAGCCAAGAACAAACUCAGACAGGAGACCUCACGCCUUACAGCUGAGAACAUGGACUUUGAAGAGCAAAUAGAUAUGAAAGACAGGACCAUAAAGAGGCUGCAGGACCAAAUCAAAGCUCUUCAGGCCCCAGUGAAGGUCAGUGAGAAAGCUGGACCAACUGUUCCAAAAGAAUACCUUGGCAUGCUGGAGUAUAAGCGAGAGGAUGAAGGCAGGCUUGUGCAGACAUUGAUACUUGAGCUGAAGCCAAGGGGAGUAGUGGUGAGUAUGAUCCCCGGGUUGGUGGCCCAUCUGCUUUUUAUGUGUAUUCGGCAUGCUGACUACCUCAAUGAUGGAGAAAAGCUGAAGUCCCUCAUGCAUGCCAUCAUCACUGGAAUCAAACAGGUCACCACGAACCAUCAGGAAAAUUUUGAGAUGUUGUCCUUCUGGCUCUCCAACACAUACCACCUGCUCAACUGCCUCAAACAGUACAGUGGAGAAGAAGAGUUUAUGAAGCAUAAUACUCCUCGGCAGAAUAAGAACUGCCUGCAGAAAUUUGACCUGUCCGAUCACAGACAGGUCUUCAGCGAUCUUGCCAUUCACAUCUAUCACCAGUUUAUCAAUAUGAUGGAGGAUGCCCUGUUCCCGAUGAUCGUUCCUGGGAUACUGGAGCAUGAGAGUCUGCAAGGCAUCUCAAGCAUGAAACCCACAGGUUUCCGUAAGCGCUCCAACAGCAUGCUGGGAGAUGGGCUCAGAGAAGGUGAGGGCCAGAACUACAGUAUCUCCUCUAUCCUACAGCUGCUGAGUGAUUUCCACAGCUGCAUGGCACAGCAGGGCAUGGAUCAGCAGCUGCAGGGUCAGGCUCUCCGCCAGCUCUUCUAUCUGAUUGGAGCCACCUCACUCAACAGCAUCCUCCUCCGCAAGGACCUCUGCUCCUGCCGCAAGGGCAUGCAGAUCAGGUGUAAUAUCAGUUACUUGGAAGAGUGGCUGAGGGAUAAAGGCCUUCAGGGCUACAAUGUUAUGGAGACUCUGGGGCCGCUGUCCCAGGCUGCCUGGCUCCUGCAGGUGAACAAAACCACUGACAGUGAUGCAGCUGAGAUCCAGCAGAGAUGCCAUGAACUCUCACCGGUUCAGAUUGUGAAGAUCCUCAACUCGUACACUCCCAUCGAUGACUUUGAAAAGCGAGUUGCGCCAUCUUUUGUGCGGAAAGUUCAGGCACUGCUACAGGAGCGUGAGAGUUCCACUCAGUUGAUGAUGGAUGUCCAGUAUCGCUUCCAGGUGACUUUCCCUUUCUGUCCAUCCACACAAGCUCUAGAGCUCCUGCAGGUGCCCAACAGCCUUCACCUAAGCUUUGUCACCCGCAUAUGAGCCCUGACUUGGACCGACUGCAGCAUUGAACUUCCUCGGCUAUAAACAUGCUUUUUAUGAAAUAAUCACUGUUUUUGAUUAACUAACAUUUUCAUGUGCAAUUCAUCACGUUAUUUUAGACUUGGUGCCAUACAGCAUAAAUAUUAUGUGAUUUUUUUUUCUGACUCUUUGAAGUAUGUUUUUUUUUUUUUUAAAUAUACAAAAGUAUUUCUUUGGAAGAUUUCCAGCAGCAAAUUACUCAUAAAUGAACAAAAUGUACAUUAUAUUGGCAAAUGUUUUUGGACACCUGACCAUCACACUGAUGUGCUUGUUGAACACCCCAUUACAAUGUCCCACUUUACUGUUAUAAGAACCUGUACUAUUCUGGGAAGGCUUUCCACUAGAUUUUGGAGCAUGGCGAUGGGGAUUUUGUGCUCAUUCAGAGUCAUUAGUGAGUCCGGGUCAUUUGAGUUCUCCCAAUUCAAGUUUUGCAAACCAUGUCUAAAUGGCGUUUGCUUUGCGCACAGUUGUCAUGCUGGAACAGGUUUGGGUCUCUUAGUUGCAGUGAAGGGGAAUUAUAAUCCUAUAGUGUGCAUAGACUGUACUUUUGGCAAUCCAUCCAUUAUCUGUAGCUGCUUAUCCUGUUCUACAGGGUCGCAGACAAGCUGGAGCCUAUCCCAGCUGACUAUGGGUGAGAGGCGGGGUACUCCCUGGACCUCAUCGCAGGGCCGACACAGAGACAAACAACCAUUCACAUUCACACCUACGGUACGUUCAAUUUAGAGCCACCAAUUAACCUAACCUGCAUGUCUUUGGGCUGUGGGGGAAACCGGAGCACCCGGAGGAAACACACACACACACAGGGAGAACAUGCAAACUUCACGUAGAAAGGCCCUCGCCGGCCACUGGGCUCGAACCCAGAACCUUCUUGCUGUGAGACAACAGUGCUAACCACUACACCACCGUGCUGCCCUACUUUUGACCAUAUAGUGUAUUUAAUAUAUAUAUAUGAUGUAUUAUGUAGUCACCUGAAUCACAUAAAAGUGUUAGAGACUAAGUAUAUGAUAUUAUUUAUUAACCAGUUUAAACGUUUUGGCUAAUAAAAUAAUUUGCACAUUGUAUUAAAUAAAUCAGUU